GCAUAUCCAUAUCGGUACCCUCUUUGCGAAAUUUACUGAAACGGUACCCUCUCCGAUCAUGCACAGGCCACUCUUUGCUGAAAACAAACAAUCAAUGGAUACUCAUACAGCUUAUUUUCCUUCUACUGAUGAAAAGAGAUCUCGAAAACGUAAACGGAAUUCAGGAUUGUGGCUACACCAUCCGAAAAAGAGACCUGUACAGAACAUUUAUGAAACAACAACGAGAGCAACCAACCCAUCAUGGACGCCACAAAAUAUUUCAAGCACAGUCUGUCCGAAUAGCGACGAACUUAGAGCCGCUCCUUCAAAAAACUGGACCAGGAAUAAAACACCACCAAAGUCCAAAAAAGUGUUGUUUGAGACUGGCAUAGAAGAGUCACUUUGCCAGGAAAUUACUAAAUUACUUCCAACAAUCCUUUCAAAUUUAGGACAUGCUGGUAAACUUGUUGAAUUUUGUCAGUUUCUUCGAUUGAUUGCCACAAACAAGUUUCCGUUACAUAAUAUAUCAUUGUUACUUUUGCUUGAUGUGGCCAAAUGGUACUCUCUAGACAAUACAUCUCAAAUGAAGUAUCCACCUGAAACCAUGCUUUUUUGGAAAACAAUGUACCGAUUAUUUCAUGGGAAAGCUCUUCGUUUUAUGAGCGGAGAAAAAUCUUCAAGUCAAGUUCUUAAUGAACAACGUGGUACCUGUACGCCUCAAAACACUUCCAUAAAUUUUGCAGUACCAAGCGUUUUUGCCAUUAAUAGCUUUGUAAAUACAGAAACUGCAAUUCCAAAGGAAAUUCGUCCUGGUAUAAUAAAGCAAGGUAUAGAAUUGAGAUCCAAGGAAAAAUGUUAUGUUCUAAGUGUAGAUGGCAAGAAAUUGGCACCAGGUUUAAACAGAGAAAACGGCGAUCAGGAUCUUUUUGGGCAUGAACAAACUGAAACUUUAAAUCAAACAAAGGAGCGUCUUGAAAACGAAAUUAACUUAAUUGAAAGGGUUCACGAGUGCUGGAGCAAACUGGACAAUGACGAAAAGUGUGAACGUUUGGAAAAAAUAAUUAAGACAAUAUCAUUUCGUAUAGUAGAAAUGCGGAAACUGUUUUUAAAGCAGACACUGGCAUUGAAAAGGUUCCAGAAAGAGGCUGGUGAAAAGUGGAGAGAGUCUAGGUUAGUUUACGCCAUCAGCAGUGUGCAAGCCCAGAUAUUCCAAAUACGGUCAGUAGUAAAAAGGCUUCUGCAUAUAAAUGAUCUACUUCUUCAAACUGGAUCAGCGAUUAAGCAAUCACAACGCAUUACUAAUACCUUCAGUUCUGAAAGUACUAUAGAUAUCAGUGGGCAGGAUAACUGUAUAAGGCUUAAAGAAGUAAAUGAAUUGCCUCAGAAUGAGCAGCAGAAUAUUCGCUUUAUAAAACAACGAUCUGACGAGUGGUUCAAAAACAGGAAAAAAUACAAAAUAACUGGUAGUACAUUAUAUGGAGCACUGGGUUUAGAUACAUUGAAAAAACAGCAAUCUCAUUUUGAUCGUGUUGUAAAAGGAAUACAACAAGAUGAGACUUUCUCAGAAGAAGUACAGCAUAGGUUAGAUCAUGGCACAAAGUCAGAGAUUCACGCCAUAGCGACUUUAGCAUCAAAGAUUUUACCAUUCUACUAUCAUGAUCUCAAAUACAUUGAAGAAGGUGCACAUGCAGUUGAUUUUAAUAGUGAACCAUUCAUGAUGGUAUCACCAGAUGGCAGUUUAUGUUACAUGGAAACAAAUAGUGAUUGCUUACCUUCACCUCUGUUUGGCUGUGAAUUCAAGUGUCCUGUGCAGGCAGAAUACAAGACUCCAGUGCAUUAUGAAAUACCGUUACGGUAUAUUCCACAACUAUUGGCAGAAAUGGCGAGUAUGCGCAUUGAUAAGAUGAUAUAUCUAUGUUGGUCAGAAGAAAGCUCAACUGUAUUUAUGGCAAGUUUCGACCCAGAAUUAUGGAACAUGAUUUUGGCUGAGGUAACAACAGUUUAUAAUGGUUCAGACUUGAAAAGGCCGACUAAACUAUCGAAGACAAGUAAAUCUAUUGCUGAAAAAAUGAAAGAGUACAGGGAAUCUUCAACUGAACUACUCUGUGAAAUACCAUCUGUAAAAGGUAUUAGCUCCCAAACGUCACAGUCUAAUGACAAUUCGCCCUACUUGUUUCCAAUAACUGUCUUGAAUGAGACUGAAAAAUUGACGGAAAUAGAUGUUAUAAUGAAUUCAGCAGUGUCCGCCGUCCGAGAAGUGCACGAGAUUUGUAGAAAAAAGGCAACCGAAAUUUUAGUUUGGUUGCUUAGUGAUACUGACCGCACCUGGGAUCCGGAAGUACCACAUUCCACUCCAGUGGCGUAUGCUAUGGCUGGAUACAGUCUACCAGUAAAGCCAAUGCGAAACAUGCAUGAAGAUAUUUUAGAACAUUGCUUUCAGAAAGGUAUGAAUGUUGUGUGUAGCAGUUUUGAUGGUCAGUGGUUGAAACUUGCGACGAGGGAUUCUAGUGACAGGCCCCUCACAUUGAUUCAGCUUCAGCGUGAUGUAUACGACAACGCUUCGAAAGUAAGCCGUAAAGAAAUCAUCAAACACUUCAAAGACUUAAUGAUAGUACAAGACACUAUCAAAGAUAUCAAGUACGUCAGGGUGAACAACUCACUUACUGUAUCGUCUACAAAACUAAAAAGAUUAAUGACUGCUAUACGCAGAAGCAGAAGCCCGAAUGAAAUUUGUAAAAAGGGCGCUAUUGACACUGAUCUUAAAAGUGAUAAUUUAUCCUGUUUACCAAAUGAAGCAUUAGAAACAUUAAUAACUGAAGAAAUUAAUGACACAGAAACAGAUGAAAUAGUUUCUUGUACAGAAGAUACACGCAAUGUUCCUGUAGUUGUUGAUGACAAUGUUCACGAUGACAAUUGUGAAAAUAAUGUAUCAUUUUCAAACGUGCUUACUGAAAACGAAUUAAAGACUGCUCUUUGUGAAUUUCAAAACUCUAAGCAGAAGUCUAUUAGUAAACGGUGGAAUGGAAAAUCAAUAACUGAUUUACAAACAUGUAUAAACAAUGUGCAGCUUUUAAGAAAACUAACACACAACGAAUUAAAUAGUCUCAUUUAUCUGUCUCUUCAUUAUCAGAAACUGAAAGGUGUUUAUAUAAGAAAGUCAUGGUCAAUAUUGGAAAAAGUCAAUGGGCUAAGCAAAGUAAUCGGUAGCUGUGAUCAAAUAACGCAAGAGAAAACAAUUAAACAAAUGAAAUCAUUAAGAUAUUUUUCAGCAAAUGUCGUUGAGCGGAGUAUGAAGUGUGUACCAAAGUCAACACUGAACAAUUUGUACGCUGUCAUCUUAUACGAUUCCGAAUACAAGAAGUGGCUGAAUUCCUCCCCUUUUUGCGAAAAGAUGCAAAUUCAAGGAUUAGGAGAAACCAAACUGUUCUCAUAUCCAGAAAUGAAUGAAACAAGGCAAAAAUUGGAACACAGAUGCGUUGAUUAUCACCAUCUAUUUGUCAAUUUAAGAGUUAAAGUUUGCAAAGACGGUUUACAGGGUAUACGCAAAGAAGCUUGGCACGCUGUUGCAGAGUUAGGUGAUAAUGUGAUCAGUAAAGCUAUUGUGAUUGAUCUUAUUGAUAAACAGAACAAUGCAUAUGCCAAACGUGUAUUCUCCUCAGAAGUAGAGUCCGCUAUGAGGUCAUUGAAUUUUUACAAAGAAGCAAAUUUUUGUAAAUUGGUUAGACAUUGGUAUCAAGCGGAAGACAUGCCAGGUUUAUCGGCAAUUGAACGCUGUAAACGACGCAUAGCAUUGAAGAACUUUCUUCUUGAUGGUGUAGAUUUUGGUCAAUAUCCACAACCUGGAAUGUACGUCAAAGGAUUUCCAAAAGUUAUGUUCGAAUCAUUCCUUCAACGGAUUGAUACAUCCUUCCAGUUAUACUCUAGCAUAAAAGGGAAAUGUUAUAAUCCUAGGGCAAUAUCUAGUCUAGUAAAUGAGACAUUUUUUGGGGAAUUGUCAGAUCUGGAACCGACGAAGCUUGGUUGUCCAAAAGCUAUAAGUAUACCCCGAUUGAUAUCAACUGUGACAGAAAUUCAGCAUUACCGCUGUGAUCCAACUAGAAGGACUUUUAAGAUCAUAACAACGAGAAAGUCCGUUUAUCCAGCUACUGAGUUACAUAUCGCAGAUUUCCCGUCCACCUCUUCUUUAAGCGAAAAUAUUGUUGAUGGAUCAACAUUGAUCGUUAGAGAUCAUUCAUUUGACAUGUCUUAUCGUAGACGCAAGAAGCAGAGAAAAUCGAAGCGUUCCGAUGUUUCAAAACCAUCCGCUGUAGCGAGAGGUUGCCAGCCUAUAAGAGCCCACCAUAAGUGCGAUGAGAGUAAACUACUACCAACUAGAAGACUUGGUAUAGAGAUGGAGUGAUUUCGUAACAUAUGAUUUGUUUUAGAGAGACACGUUCGAAGUACAUGUAUUUGGCAUAAAUCAAUGCAAAGUGCCUAUCGUUAAUAAAGGGCUAAUAUUCUU